CCUGGCUAAGUUAGCUAAAGCUAACGUUAGUGAACCGUUUAUAGAAGGAUCUAAUUCAAUUCAGUUUUGGUUAUUAAGCCAGCUAUUGACUUAAAAUGAGUUUAGACACACUCUUUAAAGAAAUCCUUCUAUCUGAGCAACAGUUAACCGAACAGACACACAAAUUAAAAGAAGUUAAAAUAGCCAUCCUCAAAAGCAAAGAGAAGAUCAAGAGCACCACUGAAAACUACGAAAAGACCAAAGAGGAACUUGAUGAAAAGGCUCAGCAAUUGUCUGCUAUACGGCUGCAGUGUGAUCUGAUAAAGAAAUGUGAAGACCAGAUGUUGAAGCAAAUUGAGGAGCUGCUGUGCCAGAAGAGCUGCCUCAGGGAACGUCUAGCCAAGAUAAAGAGGCAGUCUAAAGAAGAAGAGGAAAACUUCCUUCAGGAGAUCUCAAGGUUCAACAGUGACUUCAGUCUUCGAGUGAACAGAGAGAUACUGUACCAGGGUCAAACACACACUGAGACCUUGGAUCUGCAGAGGGAAGUGGAAUCAUUGUACAGAGAGAUGGAGCUGAUGAGCCGCGCGAACAAUCACAUGAGCUCCAUGCAGGAUGAGAAGAGAGAGCUCCAGCUCCAACUACAGGGCCUGGAUACUAUCCAGAAAGACCUGGAUCGGCAGCUGAAUGAGGCUGAGGCAAUGACAGAAUCUCUGAGAGUGGAGAGCCGGUUUGUCAGUCAGAAACCUUUCACUGACAGCACCUGUCUGAGGCUGAGGAAGGAGCUGGAGAUGCAUAAAGAAGGAGAGCUGGAGCUUCUGAGAGAGGCGCUCAGCUCGGAGAUACAGCUCCUGAAGUCAAAGCUGGACAGCAGCCAGGGAAGUGAGCAGCAUUAGGUUUGGCACAAUGAUAAUACAGGAAGGUUUCAUUGGUUCACUGAUUGUCUCUUCUGUUAUAAAACGUGCAUGCUGGUGAAUAGAAUAGAAUAGAGAGAGAAAG